CUUGUUUGGAGCUUCCCCAAUUGUGGUCUGCCUGCUUCGCCUCUUCCCUUUCUUUCUACAGGCAACACCAUUUUUCCGAUAUCAUCUGCGGGUGUCCUCGUUAUUUUCUUCAUCUCUCUCAGAUAUACCCAACAUGUCGGAGGAGGACAAGACUUCAACUCCUAGCAAGCCCUCGGCUGCAGUUGCGCCGAACAGCCCUCGCGCUGAGUCGCCCACUACUGCACGACCUCUAGAUUUUGACGAUGAACCGCAAGAGUCUGGCAUCAUUUCAAGUGGUAAUAAUGCACCCUCGGCACAGCAGGCUCAGCAAACUGCCACCGACACACCCCCGGCUGCCCCGCCGAAGCCGCCGCGGCCCUUGAGCCCCCGAGAACAGUCGGUGAAUACACUGAAGGAGGCAUUCCCAACAGUUGAGCUUGCAGUAGUCAAGGCUGUCUUGAAUGCUAGCAAUUGGAAUGUCGAGCGCGCAUUCAACGCCUUGUUGGGCAUGACCGAUCCCACCGCUCAGGAGGAUAUGGUUCCACCCCCCAAACCUCCUCGUCCCACUCAGUCCGCAACCUCUACCACACAGCGACAACUCGAAGCCGAUGAGCAAUAUGCGCGCCAAUUGGCUGAGCACUACAAUGCCCCUGGUGGACGCAGGGGUCCAGCCCCAGGAUGGGAGAAUGACCCUCGGUAUCGCCAGCCCCGGGGGAGUGAGGAUUCGGAAGACAAGGAAUACAAUUUCUUCGAAGAUGAUCUACCGGUAAUCCGCGAGAACUUUAAGAAGGGAUUCUUGGAGACACAGACAAAGGUAAACUCGUGGUUCGGAAAUCUGAAGAAGCAAUUGAAUGGGGAUGAGGAAGAGGAGGAGGAACGUGCACACUCCAGCCAGCGCUAUGAGCAGCAGACCUCAGCGUAUGGCCGCCCACGGCGAAGCGGCGAGCUGGGCCGCCGUAGUGGGGAUCGUGAGCGUUAUGAUGCAGACCCCCAAGUGCUGAGUGAUGAUUUCUCGGCGCUUGAGCUGAGGGAUGGCGAAGUCCCUCCCCCACGCCCUCCUCGUCCUGGCAGCACCGGCCUCAAGAAGACUGCAUCGCCCUCGUCAGGUAGGAGGGUUUCCUUCCAAGACGGCCCUCCCACAGAGAUCGACAACCUCUACGACGCCACUCCGAACAAGCGCAAUGCUCCAGCCAGCGGCAAGUCCAGCAAAUGGCAGCCCUUGGCCACAGUCGAGCCCUCCCCAGUAGCCGAGAACGACCCAUUCAGUCUCGGUGACAGCGAUGACGAGAAGGACAUCAAGACCAAAGAGCAGACCACCGUCCCUGAGAGCGAGCAGCUCAAGAAGGCGACCGCUGAGGCGAUGUCCGGCGAGCUUGGGGCAUCCACGGAUGACAAGAAGCCGGGAGAUUCGUCCAAGUGAAUCAGGUGGACGAACUAUUCCUUGUUGUUCUCUUUCACGAUGUCUUUACUGUAUCUGUAAUAGUCGCUUUUCGUGCCCAGAAAUUCCCCCUCGAGUUACACUCACAAUUCCAGCCUGUCCUGCUUAAUUUCCAUAUACUCCAGCAUCCGCAUAGUACUAUGCUUCAACUCAAUCUACGUAAAACACAUGCC